AAUCUGUGACAGAGACCCACACGAACCAAUACAAUUAAAGAAUCUGAUCACGUGCAUCCUUCCAAUCAGACACCGGCGUGUGUAGCACACUUGCUGGUCGUGAGUCCUUCGUGGUGUAACCUCUGUUAAAGCUAAACAAAAUGCAAGCUGCCAUGGACAUAUCGGCAAAGUAUUGCCAAAAAGAACUGGAGUCGUACGGAUCGUGUGUGUCCUCCAACCCAUCCACAUGGCAACAAAAAUGCCACGAACUGAAGAUGAAAGUUGCACAUUGUACAUCGUCACACCCAGUGAUCCAGAAGAUCAAACAGGACUGUUCCAAGGAGUUUGUGGAAUUUGACAAAUGUCUCAGAGAAAACCAGAGCUCAGCUACAUCCUGCACGUCACAUGUAGCACGCUUUGUAGGUUGUGCAGAAACCGUGGACCUCAGCAAAGUGGAAACAAAUCCAGUACCGUCAUCAACAUAGGACACAUCAGUGAACUUCAUGGCAACACGUUUGUUUGUUCAACAACAUAGAUGGGUUGGUAUGACAUAUUUCCCAACAUGUACAAACAUACCUGUUUUUGACAGGUUGAAAUAUGUGACAGGAAUGCUUUAAAACUGUAAAUUUCCACAAUAAAUAUUAUUGUUUCCUUUUGUCA